AUGUGUGAGAUUGGGAAGGCAUUCGAGGAAUGCACAACUUCAAUCUCCAAUACAUGGCCAAAUCUCAACGAGAUAAAUAUCGAGUAUUGUGACGACUUAGUUGAAAUACCAGCAUGGGUUUGUGGCCUUAUCCAUCUUAAGAAGAUCAACUUGAGAUACUGUCAAGAGUUGGUUACUCUUCUAUUAGAACUGGGAAAUCUGACAAAUUUAGAGGUGCUGAGGCUUCAAUCUUGUACACAACUAGUAGAGUUGCCUGAAUCAAUUUCUGGACUCCAGGAAAUGAGGUUCCUUGAUCUGUCGGAUUGUGUGGAAAUGGACCACUUGCCAGAGUGGCUAGGCGACUUAUGUGGGCUGCAAAAAAUACGCAUGAUGGGUUGCACUGCUAUAUCUGAGUUGCCGCCUUCAGUAAUGGAUCUUGUGCAGUUAGAAUGUGUGAUAUGUGACGAUGAAACAGCCUAUUUAUGGAAUUUCUACAAGGAUUAUUUGGAUAAGUUGGAAAUUGUUGUGGUAAAAGAAGAUAUAAACCUUAACUGGCUUCAUAAGAGAUCUGCUUGA